CCUGGACCGGGCCCUGGAGGAGGCGGCCAGCUCGGGCAUCCUCUGCCUCAGCGGCAGGAAGCUCCGCGACUUCCCCGGCGGCGGCUACGACCUGAGCGACACCACGCAAGCAGCCUCCCCUAUUGUUGAUCUGUCCUCAUCAAAGCUGACAGAUGUCAUCAGGAGUGACACAAACAUUGGGCGCCAUUGUGAAACUGGAAGACUAAUAAUUGAAUCCAGAUGCUUGCCAAGAAUUUCCAUUUACUUCAGAUUAUUUUGGAAGAAGAAGCUGUUUACCUAAACUGACAAGAUGAGGUUAAGAACUCCCUGAAGAUACACAAAUGUAUAAAGAAAUACAAAGGCCUGACUCUUUCCCAGUCUUCCCGUUUUCUUGAAGAAAAAAAUUAUUCAUGAAUGAAAAAUCUGUACUGGAAAAGAUACUGUAUCUUUCAAAGAACAGAUUUACUGAAAUUCCUCCAGAUGUCUGGCUGUUUGCACCACUUGAGACUUUAAAUUUGUAUCACAACUGCAUCAAAUCCAUUCCUGAAGCCAUCAAAAAUCUGCAGAUGUUAACAUAUCUUAAUAUUAGUCGAAAUCUUUUAGCAACAUUGCCAAAAUACCUGUUUGACCUGCCUCUUAAAGUUUUGGUUGUCAGUAAUAAUAAGCUGGUAUCCAUUCCAGAAGAAAUUGGAAAGUUAAGAGACCUGAUGGAGUUGGAUAUCAGCUGCAAUGAGAUUCAGGUCCUUCCCCAGCAAAUAGGAAAACUCCAGUCACUUAGAGAACUAAACAUUAGAAGAAAUAAUCUCCAUGUGUUGCCAGAUGAAUUGGGAGACCUUCCCUUGGUAAAGCUGGAUUUUUCUUGUAAUAAAAUUACAGAGAUCCCAAUUUGUUACAGGAAAUUACGUCAUUUACAAGUAAUAAUUUUGGAUAACAAUCCAAUGCAGAUACCACCGGCACAGAUAUGUUUAAAGGGCAAAGUUCACAUAUUUAAAUUCCUCAGUAUUCAAGAAUGCCUCAGAAUAGAUAAAAAACCAGAUUCCUUAGAUCUUCCAUCACUGGGUAAAAGAAUCCCAUCCCAGCCACUCACAGACAGUAUGGAAGACUUUUAUCCCAAUAAAAAUCAUGGUCCUGACUCUGGCAUUGGCAGUGAUAAUGGGGAUAAAAGAUUGUCUACAACUGAACCGUCUGAUGAUGACACAAUCAGCCUUCACUCUCAGGUAUCAGAAUCGACGAGGGAACAGACGUUAAGGAAUGACAAUCAUUUAAUAGGAAGUAAAUUUGACUCACAUAAAGACCAGGAGGUGUAUGAUUACAUUGACCCUAACACAGAAGAUGCAGCUAUUCCUGAGCAAGGAGAUGUACAAAUGGGACCAUUUGUCUCUUAUGUUAAGGAACGAGGAAAACACCCUGAGAAAUUGCAGAAAAUAGAAGGGAAUGAUGAGUGGGGAGAUGAAAAAAGGCUUCAGAAAGAGCAGCUAUUGGCAGAAGAAUAUGAUGAAUUGAAAGAAGUGACUGACUUGAGAAAAAUAGCAGCUCAGCUACUGCAACAAGAGCAGAAAAACAGACGGAGACCAUUAACCUAUAGAACUUCAUUCAGUGAAAAACUCUUCCAGAGGACGAGGGCUGCAGGACGUGCAUCCAGGCUUCUUAAUCAUUCGACCUCAGUAAGCACAAGAAACAGGCCAAAGCAGACCGUGGAAUCUGAAAAAAGUGUCUCAACAGAUGAAACAAAUUCUCCAGUGUCUCCUUACAGAUGGCAGCCACUAGAGAAUCAAAAGGAUCUGACAGAUGAGCAGCACUGGCCAGAAACACAGCCUGUUAUCUGGCAGAAUGAAGAGAGGAGGAGGAGCAAACAAGUUAGAAAGGAAUAUUUCAAGUACAAGUCUUCCAGAAAGAGUUCAAGUGGAAAUGAAAAUGAUGAGCAAGACAGUGAUAAUACUAAUGUGUCCCCACAGUCUCCUGUAUCAUCUGAGGAUUAUGAAAGGACAGACAGUAACUCUCAUGGUCCGUUUGGUCUCAAACCUAGGUCAGCUUUCAGCCGUUCCUCUCGCCAGGACUCUGGAGUAGUGGACCCUGGAUUUACAAUGAGGAGGAAAAUGGAGCAUUUAAGGGAAGAAAGGGAACAAAUAAGACAUCUUCGCAAUAAUCUUGAAUCGAGGCUAAAAGUCAUUUUGCCAGAUGAUAUUGGAGCAGCAUUGAUGGAUGGGGUUGUUCUUUGCCAUUUAGCCAAUCACAUAAGGCCACGUUCUGUUGCAAGUAUUCAUGUACCAUCACCAGCAGUGCCUAAACUCAGUAUGGCAAAGUGCAGAAGAAAUGUUGAAAACUUUCUUGAUGCUUGUAAAAAAUUGGGCGUGCCACAGGAAAGGCUUUGCCUGCCUCAUCACAUUUUGGAGGAAAGGGGUCUAGUGAAAGUUGGUCUUACAGUUCAGGCUCUGCUUGAACUACCUUCAUCUAAAGCAUCCCAGCUUUCUUCUGUGUAACAUGACUUUUGGAAACCAGACAACUUAUCAUGGAUCUAUUGAUUUAGAUUGCUGCCAAGCAAUUCAGCUUCCUCAAUGGGAACAUCCAAGCCAUCAGAAGUAGUUUCUGCCCAGACACUUUAGACAGAGCCUUAUUUUGGAGGGACAUGUAAAACUUUGAUUUCAAACUGACUGUUACCUGAAUAUACAGUUAUACUGAUGUUUUAAAACUUGGAUGCACAAGAGAUUUUUAACAACAUCAGAUUCUCUGUCCAGGUAAUAUAAGUUCUAAGUUUCCCAUUAAUGUUUCAUUAUAUUAUUUUUAAAAGCUGGAUUUUUUUUUACUACAUUGAAAAUGUUGUUUAGUUCUGUUUUAUAAAGGAUAACAUCACCCCCCCACCCCAAACAAAGCCCUACUAGAAAAAGUUUGUCAAUCAUUUGGGUUAAAUGUAAAGAUAAAACAAAAACCAGCUACAGUAUGAUAAUGAAAAUCUGAGUGACAGAUCACAUUUAAUCCAUUUUUGUUUCAUAUAGCUCUAUAUUUGAGUUCUUUAUUUCUUGCACUUCUGACUGUAAUUUAUAUACUUCUAACAUCUCCAGUAUUUAGUUGGAUGUAUGGUAAUUACACAAAACAUUAUAUAGGAAAAAGGUGUUUUUUCCAAUCUUCUAAGUUUGUGCCAAACUAUUUUUUCAGUUGUACGGUAGAUUGUUUACAUGUGAAGUGCCUGUGUAAUUGAUGACUCUUAAUAGUCUUAAAUGUUUUUGCAAUUUCUUUGUCUGAAAUAGAUACAAUGGGAAUUUUAAUAUUUUAAUAGUUUUUCUUAAGGUCAGUAAUAUGUGAAGAUUUAAAUGAUGCUUCACAUUUUUUUGUGUUAGGUGUUUUAAGUUGCACAAUUUGAUUAUGUUUAAUGAUUGGAAAAUAAUGUAAAUACAUUUUAUUUAUGCUAUUUAAUUUGAUAAUACCCAAUCACUUUUCUUCUAAUGUAUUGUUAACAAAAAUUGUCACUUUGAGUUAUUUUCCGUCUUUGAGACAAACCAUGACGUCCAUAGUUAAAUAAGAAAUGUAUGGACUAGUGAUGCAUACAUAAUAAUCAUUAAGGAUGUUUUGAUAAAGCUGCCAAAAUCUCAGGUUUAUGCUGUGACUUUCAGGAUUUUACAUCAUGUUGUUCCUGAUUUUGCAUUAGUUUUUUUUACAGUAACAUCACCACAAGUUAGAUUAAAAAAAAUUCAAGCUAGGAAUCUUUAUAUUUUUCAGUGUUUACACGUUUGUUGAGAGGGACUUAUUUUGGAAAUAACCACCUGCAUGACAUACCGCAUCAUCACUUUGCACCAAUGCUUCUCAUUUGCACCAGUGUCACCAAUUAUCAACAGUUAAGUCUGUGCUGAGAAUAUCAAACUCUCGGGGACAAAUGUUUAAAAAAAAAAAAUUAAAUCCCCGCAACAGAAGCUUUGUUGAACUUCUGGGUUUAAGUACUUGUUUGAUUCUACAACUUUUCUGACUGAUAUUUUUCCCACAGAGUUCUGAGAUAUUUUAAGAUUGAUGGACAGUUGACUCCCUUUCUUUCUGUCUCUUUCCCUUCCUCCCAAACAAGUUUACCUUCUUAGUAAAUAUUUAGUAUCAGAGGGGUAGCUGUGUUAGUCUGGAUCUGUAAAAGCAGCAAAGAGUCUUG